AUGAUCGUGGCCUCGAUAGCCACUCCCCGCUGGGUGACAUACUCGGUCACCACGCCCCUCGGCGACAGGCUCGAGAAGCACAUCGGCCUCCACAAGAGCUGCUCGACCCUCGACGAGCCGCACUGCCGACCUUUCCCCCACAGGGAGCUGUGCCAGGCGGGCCAGCGGUACUUUUGCGAUAUGUGGAAGACCAUUGGCUUCCUGUCGUCCCUGUCCGUGGUGCUGUGCCUCGCGUGCCUGGUCACGUUUGUCGUCGUCAUGCGUGGUGGCAAGUAUAAGCGUGAGACUGGCUGGCCGUUUGUGACUGUCAUGAUGGGGCUCGUCUCGGGUGUCGAAUUUCUCAUCAUCUCCAUGGUCGCAUAUCUCUACGAUCAUGAUAAGCAGUUCAUUGUCCCGGGAUGGAAGCUCGACAUAUCCUGGAUCUUUGGGACAGUCGGCGCUUCCCUGUGCUUACUCAUCUCGGCCGGCCUCACAACCUCGGCAUUCGUGCUGCCUCCCGAGGACGGGUACAACUUUCUUGAAGAUCCGGUCGACUCAUAG